AUGGAAUCUUUCUCCGCUGAGACCAAUUCCACUGAAUUAUUCUCACAGCGUUUGGAUAACCCCAUCAUGAUUCUCUCCGCGGUCCUUUUCAGCCUCACUUUUUUAUUAGGGCUGCCAGGAAAUGGACUGGUGUUAUGGGUGGCUGGCCUGAAGAUGCAGCGGACGGUGAACAUGGUUUGGUUUCUCCAUCUUACAGUGGCAGACUUUCUCUGUUGCCUCUCCUUGCCCUUCACCCUGGCUUACUUGGUUCUCCGAGGAUACUGGCCCUAUGGCUGGUUCCUUUGCAAGCUCAUCCCCUCUGUCGUUAUCCUCAACAUGUUUGCCAGCGUCUUCCUGCUCACAGCCAUUAGCCUGGACCGCUGUCUCAUGGUCUUCAAGCCAAUCUGGUGCCAGAAUCAUCGCACUGUCAAGACAGCCUUGACUAUCUGUGGGUGCAUCUGGGUGAUGGCCUUUAUAAUGUGCAUUCCUGUGUUUGUGUACCGGGAAAAGUUCACCUUACAUGGCCGUGAAAUGUGUGGCUACAAUUUUGAUCUAGAUUAUUCAGACUUCCCCUUUGAUCUCGAUUUCCUGGAAAACAGGUCUUUUUACAACUCCAUUGUUCAGCUGCCAGGAGACAUGAAUAAUGGGUUAGAUCCUUCCUCUAUCCAAACAGAUGAGCAACUGUGGACAGCAACCAUGGACCUCCAUUCUCAAACGUUUCAAGGACCUUCGAGAGACUCAUUCCCCACAAGAUUAUCUCGUCAACCUCCACGUGAUAAUUUAUUCAAGCCUACCAGCGUUGUUCCACCUGCAGUUCCCAGUGGGUUUCCCACUGAAGAGCACGGAACUAACCCACUCGAUCAUUCUGGUGCUUUCCUGCCUACUGACUUAGAACUUCUUCCUAGUACUUCUGGACACUCUUUAUAUGUACCUGAUCUAUCGCAAGAUCUCCAGUAUGAUUAUUUAGAUCAAUACACAUAUGUCAGUCAACCCCUGCUGGUAAUAACCUUCACAAGGUUAGUGAUCGGUUUCCUAAUGCCCUUUGUCGUCAUGGUGACCUGUUAUACUUUCAUUGCCUGCAGAAUGAAGCGGGGUCGCUUUGCCAAGUCAGGGAGCAAAACGAUUCGCUUGGCCAUGGUGGUGGUGACUGUGUUUUUUGUCUGCUGGGCUCCAUAUCACGUGGUUAGAGUCCUGGUAUUAUUAUUUUUUGAUUCAACAACUCCCUUUGGGAAAGCACUGAUAGCCUGGGACUAUCUAUCCAUUGCUUUAGCAUCUGCCAAUAGUUGCUUCAAUCCCUUCCUUUACGCCCUCUUGGGGAAAGAUUUUAGGAAGAAAGCAAGGCAGUCCUUGCAGGGCAUUCUGGAGGUGGCCUUCAGCGAGGAGCUCACACACUCCACCAGCUGUACCCGAAACAAGGCCUUUUCGGAAAAGAACAGCAUCAACACAACUGUGUGA